UAAACGACCCUCUUCCAGCUCAUGCCGGGACAGUUCUCCUGAUGAAGACACUAACUGUUCCCCUGGUGUCCUGUGCUCUGUCAGCGUUGUUCUCCAGCUAGCUUAGUGCUGCUGGUCUCCUGGAGGGACUCUACUGUGGCAGAGAGAGCUGCUAUGACGGCCAAUAGAAUUGCACCUGACUAGCUGAUGAAUUAUUCUCGUUCCCUACAUGCAGUUCUUCAAGUGGACAAAGAUGUCACAGCUGCUGAGAUGAGGAGAGCCUAUCGACACCUGGCACUGGAGUACCAUCCUGACAAGAACAAGGUAACAGAGGGAGAGUUGGCUGAGGGCUCUAGGGAGAGGUUCCAGCUCAUCAGCACGACCUACGAGAUACUGAAGGAUGAGGAGGAGAGAGCAAACUAUGACUACAUGCUUGAGAACCCUGAGCAAGUGUACCAUCACUACUAUCACUACGAUCUUCGUCUAGUGACCCCCCAGGUGGACAUCCGAGUGGUUGUGGGUGUGGCCAUCAGCGUCAUCUCUCUGGUCCAGUACCUCGGCUGGUGGCACUCGUACAAUACAGCCAUCACUGCAGCUCUCUCAGAAUGCCAAGAUAUCGUGAGGAGCUGGCAGUGGAGAAGGGGUUGUUGAAGGAGGGUCAGAGACGGACUCAAGGGAGGAAGUAAAGAACGACGAAGAGACUGUGCUACAGAGAAUUGUGGAGGAGAACCUCAACAUUCUAGUACAAGGAGGAGAGGAAAGAAAGACGGCGCUGCUAGACAAUGCCAAGUACAAGAAGUACAAGUGAGAGUGAGGCCAGUGAAGGAGGUUAGACGAUACCAAGUAACAGUGAGUAAGUGAUUAUGCCUCGAGGCGUAGCCGCACGAGGGAUACGGUAAAGCUGACUGUGUGUGUGUCUGUCUGUGUGUGUGUGUGUGUAUUCCAGCUAUAACUGCUCAACGGUUACAAUGCGACGAAAACUAACAGCUUUUAUAGGCUUCUAGCCACGUUCUCUUGGAUUUUGAUUCGUGGAUUAGCAAACUAAAGCUUCUUUCUCGAGUUAUGGCUAGUUUGACUCACAUUGAAGGCUGUUGCAGUCUCUUCAGAAUCUUUCAUAGCAUCAUCUGUCCGCACAAACUUUCUAUUCAACAUAUGAGUUAGCCUUGCACUAAAGCGCUAGCUUUUUGUUAGCUACAAUACUCAGAAAAUAUCUGUUAAAACAGCUAGCUAGCAGUACAGUAGCCAUUUGUAAAAUUGAUAUCUUUGGACACACCCUUUAAUUAUUCCUGUGGAUGUAAUGCGCAUGCGCGCUCAUUCCCCAUGUGUGAGAAAAUAAUAUCCAAGAUCCAGAUCCAGAUCCUCCUGGCAGAAUCAUCUUUGUCUUGAGGGCCUGGUAAGCCACAAAACACUACCAUAUAACAAUAUAGAUAACAAUAUGCAUGUACACAGGUCUUUUCUUCUUAGAUAUUAUAUACACUGAACUACAGAUCCUGGAAGAAUCAAUUUUCUUCUUUCUUGAUGUCCUGGUAAGCCACAUAAUACAAAAAAUAAUAACUUACAAUAGAUGCAUGUAAAUAAGUCUUUUCUUCUCAGUGACUUUAUAUAGAUAAGCUAACUUUAAUAUAAAAUUCAUUAUAGAUAACACUCUAAUACUUUUGAGCGAAAGCAAAAACAUGGCGAGAGGCAUUAGCACAGCGCCAGCUUGAACACUAGUUAAUAAAGUCACCAUGAUUACAAUACCCCACCCUCACAGGAGAUACGUGAGAGCUGGUCAGAAAAGAGUCACCACAAACUGUUAGGGACAAUAACAUUUUGUAUGAAAGCAUAUUUAUCAUUUUUUGCUUCGGUUUUAUUGAAAGGAAUUUUGCAGUAAUAAUUAAGGUUUUAUUGAAAGGAAUUUUGCAGUAAUGCAAAAUUCCUUUCAAUAAAACCGAAUAAAUUUUUUUUUACAAACACAAAAUUUUUGUGUUUGUAAAAAAAAAAAUUAUUUUGCAUGCAAUUAAUUAAGGCGCAUGCGCACAGAGCCUGCACAGAGCUGCAAAGCAUUUCAAGCACAUUCCUUAGUGGUACAUGUAGAUUUAAUUAUUUCAUAUUUCAAUUUAUUGGAGCAGCCAAUCAGAGAGUACCUGACGCAUGUUGAGAAAACCACAAAUUCCUUGGCUUAGGGUGUACUAUAUAAGGAGGGCUCUUUGCACCGUAUAGCGUGUAAUUUUCGUGGGGCAAAAUAUUCGUGGUUGGAGGUCUGACCACGAAUAUUUUACCCACGAAUGAAGCGACCUUGCCUACCUUUACCUGCAGUGCAAGCAGCAACCACGAAAUGUCUCAAUAUUGCUGAACCACGAAUAUUUUGUCCCCUGAAAAUUACCCUCUAUACGGUAUACGUGUGUAUCAAUGUUAUCCCGACCAACCAACUUCCGCUCCAAUCAACUCGAUCCUCCACUCUCUCCACUCCACUCAAGUCUCCUUCAACUAUGGCCCAUUCAAGAGACGACCUUCACCAAAUCAAAACCCAAAGCAGUGCCAUGCCAUCACCUCGUGGAUUUUAUGCUGAAAGAAGACGGAAUACAACUGAAAUACAACUACAGCCACGACAAGCUUAUGAGGGGUCUCCUUGAGAAGGAUAAAGGCUUUAAAGAUGUGAUUUCGACGCUGGAAAGUUGCUGUAAAGACCUGAAACUGAAGCAUCAACAAGGAAUUGAGGGCCGAGUGAAGACACUGGACAUAUCUCACUAACAACUCUAUGUUGAAUAUCAAGACUCUUGUUCCAGGCUCAUGGUAGACGACAUCAAGUGGGGCAAGAUUGCAGUGCUGCUGUUCUUCACGAGCGUACUAGCCAAACGAUUGUAUGAAGAGAACAAGACUCCCUUGAUAGACAGUAUCAUUGGAUGGCAGACGACAUUUCUUCAUGACUUCACUCAGUGGAUUCUCGAGCACGGCGGUUGGGGUGCCAUCAAGGGAGCAGGGAGUAUUGAUGCCUCUGAGAAAGCCAAAGAGAGAACUGAAAACCAAAGACGUGAGAACCGCCGCCCUACUGGCUGGCUCACAUGUACAGUGGCUGCAAUCAGCUUAGGAGUUGCCCUAGUAUAUAGGAGCUCUCACAUUCAAAUAGAACACUUUUGCUGGAAUCACUUAAUUCGGACCGACCCCACUCAAUCUCUCCUUCAUAAUCACUUAGUAGUUUUAUUUUUACAAUUUUCUUUUUAUAGCAAAUGUUUUCAAAAAAGUUUGUUAUAAUUAUUAUCAUAUCCAUUAAUAAUAAUAAUUAAGGGUUGCAUUA